AAAAUAUUACAUAUGAAAUUGUUAUGCUGUAUUUGAGUUUGUGCAUUCAAUGUCAAACAAAACAAAAAGCGCCUAGAAAAGGUAUUGUUGUGAAGCCUAUAAUAAGUUCGGAGUUGAAUUCCCGAUGCCAAAUAGAUCUUGUUGAUAUGCAAACAUGUAAAGAUGGAGAAUACAAAUUUAUUUUAAAUUAUCAAGAUCAUUUGACAAAAUUUAUACAACUACGGCCGUUAAAAUCUAAAACUGCGGAAGAGGUUGCCCAUAAUUUGUUACAUAUAUUUUUAACUUUCGGGGCACCAAAUAUUUUGCAUUCUGAUAACGGUAGGGAAUUUGUGAAUAAAAUAAUCACAGAAUUGUGUUUAAUGUGGGAUGGUGUAAAAAUAGUACACGGCAAACCACGCCAUAGCCAAACACAAGGUUCAAUAGAGAGAGCUAAUCAAGAUAUUCAAAACCUAUUAAGAGCACGGAUGUACGAAAAUAAUACGAAUAGAUGGGCGGAUGGUCUAUAUUUUGUUCAAUUUACAAAAAAUACAGCAUACCAUGAAGGUAUAAAGCAAAGUCCGUAUGAAGCUAUGUUUGGCACAAAAGCCAAAAUGGGUCUGUUUUCGUCUUCUCUUCCUCGAGACAAAUUACAUGAACUUGAAUCGGAAGAGCAUUUGGAAAACAUAAUAAAAAAUAUGAAUUCUGAAAACAUUGAUCGAGAAAGUCUGCAAGAGUCGAGUGAUGACGAACAACACGAAAAAAAAAUGUCAAAUAAAUCAAUUUCUAGAAGAAAAGAAAAAAUAAUUUUGAAUAGAGAAGUAGCAAUCACCAAUCUUCAAGUGCAAGCUGUAAAAAUGUUGCGAACUUCAAAACAAAAGUUUCAGCCGGCUAAUGUUGGAGAAACUGUCCGUAUUCGAGUUCCAGAUGUUGAUCGUAGUAAAAUGGAUCCCCAAAAUAUUUUAGCUGUAGUAUUAGAUAUA